AUGCGCCGUUACGAAGAGUCUCCGCCAGUCCAGGAACAGGGCCAAGCCAGCGUGGUCGGACAAGAAGGCAUGCCGCCGCCCGCAGCAAGACCUCGUGGUCCGAAGCUCAAAUUCACCCCGGAAGACGACCAACUGCUCGUCGACUUGAAGGAAAAGAAGAAUCUCACAUGGAAGCAGAUCGCGGAUUUCUUCCCUGGGAGAAGCUCUGGCACACUUCAGGUGCGCUAUUGCACGAAGCUGAAGGCGAAGACAACGAAUUGGACAGAAGAGAUGGUGGAUAGAUUGCGCCAGGCCAUGCGGGAAUACGAAACCGACCGCUGGCGCAUCGUCUCCGCGAAGGUCGGCAAUGGCUUCUCACCUGCAGCUUGCAGAGACAGGGCAGCGGAGCUGCAGGCCGAAGCAGAUCUGGAAGCUGAAGAAGGUUACGAGCAAACUGAGCUCGGUGGCGGCUCAAGCGAUCCUGCAGCACCCUUCCAGUAA